AAAUUCCGUCGCCAUUAGAGAAUAUCACAGAUGAAAUUUCACAAUCAGUAUUAACACAGCGGAAAGACAACAUCUGGCCCACACCUGAGGUGGCUUUGAAUUUCUCACCUAUGUAGACUUUAUAAGUGAGCGUUCCCCGUAGUUGGUGUGGAGCCAGUCACUUUUACAUGAACAGAGUGCCCUUUGGAGGUGUCUACUUUGGACACAGUCUCUGGUGACUUGGGAACUCCGUGCCUUCCACACCAUCAUGGAACAUUCACGAGAAAAAGAAGGUGAUCGGCCAGCUAGAAGCAGCAAGUUGGCUCAAGGGCGAAGUGGGCACUCUCGCCCCUCCAGCUCCUCCAGCUCAUCUGGUGUAUUGAUGGUGGGACCAAAUUUCCGUGUUGGAAAGAAGAUUGGUUGUGGCAACUUUGGAGAACUGAAACUUGGAAAGAACCUUUACACUAAUGAGUAUGUCGCCAUCAAAUUGGAGCCAGUCAGAUCACGGGCACCCCAGCUACAUUUAGAAUACCGCUUCUACAAAACUCUUGGCAGCUCAGCAGAAGGUCUGCCCCAGGUGUUCUACUUUGGGCCUUGCGGGAAAUACAAUGCCAUGGUUCUGGAGCUAUUAGGCCCAAGCCUUGAAGACCUUUUUGACCUGUGUGAUCGAACAUUCUCACUCAAAACUGUCCUGAUGAUAGCUGUUCAACUGAUUGCACGUAUGGAGUAUGUACACUCAAAGAACCUCAUCUACAGGGAUGUUAAGCCUGAGAACUUCCUCAUUGGGCGGCAGGGGAACAAAAAGGAACACAUUAUUCACAUCAUAGACUUUGGUCUAGCCAAAGAGUACAUUGAUCCUGAAACGAAAAAGCAUAUUCCAUAUAGAGAGCACAAGAGCUUAACUGGCACAGCCCGAUACAUGUCAAUAAAUACACACUUGGGAAAAGAACAGAGUCGCCGAGAUGACCUGGAAGCACUGGGUCACAUGUUCAUGUACUUCCUUCGUGGGAGCCUCCCUUGGCAAGGACUGAAGGCUGACACAUUGAAAGAAAGAUACCAGAAGAUUGGUGACACAAAGAGGAACACUCCCGUAGAAGUUCUCUGUGAGAAUUUUCCAGAGGAGAUGGCUACCUACCUUCGCUAUGUGAGACGACUGGAUUUCUUUGAGAAACCAGAUUACGAAUACCUACGGACCUUGUUCACAGAGUUGUUUGAACGAAAAGGAUAUGCCUUUGAUUACACGUAUGACUGGGUCGGCAGACAGAUUCCAACACCUGUCGGAUCUGUCCAUGUGGAAUCAGGUGCAUCAGCCAUAACAAGAGAAAGUCACAGUUACAGAGAUCGGCCCUCGCAACACCAGGCUUCUAGGAAUCAGGCAUCUACUACAGAUCGCAGAGGAGCCUGGGAGGUGCAGCCCAACCGCCAGACAAACUCUUCUUAUCUGACUUCGUACAUGGCAGACAGGCAUGGAGGAUCAGUGCAGGUGGUCAGUUCAACCAAUGGUGAACUGAAUGUAGAUGACCCACUGGCAGCUCAUUCCAAUGGCCCGAUCACUGCUCAUGCUGAAGUGGAAGUGGUUGAUGAAGCUAACUGUGUGAAAAUGCUCAACUUGUGGUGCUGCUGCUUCUUCAAGAAGAAACGGAAAAAGAAUACACCUCGACAUAAAUAAGCUGCUGAAUCAAAUAAUGGGGGGAAAUGAACUUCAAAAGACGAAAGACAUCCCGCAUAGGAAGAUUGAUUGCUUCCACUUGGAAACCCUGUGUUUGAGAGUAAGACAUGCAUUGCAUUUGUCCAAGUGAAUUAAUUUAUUUGCAGUUGUGCUUUUGUAUGUUUUUUUUCCCAGAUGUGCGGGCUCAAUUGGUGGUAGGUUGGACACAGCCAUGGUUAAUAUGGUAGUGUUAUUUGCUGUUCACCCACCUUACCAAUGAAUAUAUUAAUGAGCUCUCCCUCCAUAUAGAUAUAUGA